CUGUCAAAAUUUAGCGUAGAGCGUUGUCGGGACCCCCCAUGCAGGCCCUCAAACAUGGAAUCUCUCCACGCCUUGGCAAACUUCACCCACGCCACGUGUGCUGUCGUCAGCCGAAAUGUCACGUCAGACAACGCUACCGUCACAGUGUCCAGCUUCAGCCCCCUGACGUGCGGGCUGUACGGGCUGCACCCGGCAUCGCGGCCCGUCAUCGUCAUCGUUCUCGUCUGCUACAUCCUGCUGUCUGUCCUGGGGAACGGCUGCUUGGUCAGCGUCAUCGCUACCAGGGAGUCCAUGCAGGAGCCCGGUAACUACUUCCUGGCGGCCCUGGCUGUGACCGACAUGUUCAGCUGCCUCCUGUACGCGCCGCUCAGCAUCCACAACACGGCACAGGGCAGCUUCACCAACGGCGGGCUGUGCAAGGUGCAGACGUUCUUCGGCGCAGUGGCCGUCCUGCUGUCCCACUCCCUGCUGAUGUGCCAGUGGGUGUGCCGCUACACCCACAUCGUCUGCCCGCUGGAGUACGAGAAAAAGCUGGCCCGUCCGCGGGUAGCUGCGGCCAUGGCCGGCUGUUUCGUCUUCGCCGUUUUACCACCAGUUGUUGGAGUACUGCGGACUGGGACGGUGGAGGUGGUGACCUACCAGGGCGCAGUACACACCGAGGUCUCCCCAACCACCGUCUACCCGUGCCUGCCCGGCGGGGCCGAGGGUUCUCUCAUCGGCACGUUCUGUCUAGUCAUGAUGAUCAUCAGCAGCAUCUUUGCUACUCUCAUCUACAGACAAGCGCAGCAACACAGGGAAAACUUGGAGGAUCGCUCCCCCAAUCCAGCUGGCAACGAGGUCUUUGAAAACAAGCUACGGGCAGCAAAGACGUUGAGUAUUGUCCUACUGAUGUACUGGAUGACUUGGUUUCCGUCUCUUGUUCUGUACUUCCUUUCGAAGGUGGAAGCCAUGUCCACGAUAAGCGUGGCCCUGGACGUCUUCCAGCUUGUCGUCUUGACUAACACGUUCAUCGACGCCCUGAUCUACGGGUUCCGCUACGCCAUCUACCGACAGGCAUCGGUACUGAUGCUCCGUGAUAUGAGAAACGCUGUCAGGGAUAUGAUCCUGGAUUACAUCGAAAUUAUUAUGGAGUGA